AUGGCGACGACGCAGUCGACGGCCUCAUCCUCCGAGGCCCCCGGCAGCUUUCAGCUGCCAUGGCAGGCAAUCCCCAAGUUUAUCCCUGGAACGACGGAUGUAACAGAGUACAGUCGGAAACUUCAGUUUUUGGCGGCUAUGUGGCCGAAGGAGCAUCUUUCCUUACUGGCGCCCAGGGCGGCGUUGAUGUGUGAAGGAACUUCUUUCAAGAAGGUGGCAUCUCUCGAUGCCAGCAAGCUCAAGGCCAAUGAUGAAUCGGGAGUUAAGCUUUUGGUUUCAACAUUGGGAGGCUCCUGGGGCAAAACAGCACUUGAGGAGAAGUAUGAUUGCUUCGAGAAGGCUAUUUAUGGCACCAUCCAGAAGGCCGACGAGACAAACGACAGCUACGUGGCCCGGCAUGAUGUGCACUUUGAGGAGUUGUUAGCUGGGGGAGUGACCCUCAAGGAGGUUCGAGCGUACAUUCUUCUGCGACAGUCGCAACUGACGGCCGAUGAUCGGAAGCGGAUCGUUGUAGAGAUGAAUGGCGCAUGGGACUAUCAGAAGGUCUGCUCAGCAAUACGGCUCCUGGGUUCUCGGUUUUUCACUGACUUGCAGGGUCAACGCAGUGGGAAGACUAAGACCUAUGAUGCCAACUAUGUCGAUGAAGGCGCCAAUGAGGAGCCAGAGCGAGCUCUUCAGGCUUCCGCCCCCAUCGCCAGCGAGGAUGGUGACUUGGACAAUGAGUUCAUGGAAGCGCUGAUCGCCGCGGAGGACCAUGACGCCAUGCAGGUCCAGGCCUUUGAGGAGGAGUUGGAGGGCUUCUUUCAGGAGACUCCAGAUCUUCAGGAGGCUCUGGUGAGCUAUCUGGAGGCAAGGGGCCGCCUCCUCGCGAAGAAGCGCUCGCGUGGGUUUUGGCCUGUGGCUUCCAGUGGAAAAGGGUCCAAGGGCGGUCGUGGUUUUGAGGGCGGAAAAGGAAAGGGCAUGAAUGCCCGAGAGCAGCUCCUUGCCAGGAUCAGUCGGAGUCACUGCAGAGCUUGCGGUGAGAGAGGACACUGGAAAGCUGAGUGUCCGAAGGCAGGAAAGUCCGGUGCCAAAGGCGAGACCGCCACGACGACUGUGGCUGAGGUGGAUGAGCCCACCUACACGAUGAUCGAGACUGCGGAGAACCCAAUCGCCGAGAUCAGUACCAGCCUCCCCGAGGGAACGUUGUCCCUGGACGAGGCCCACCUAGCAGUAAGCGAGCACAAACAGGAUCAGAUCAAGCACCGACUUAGACAAGUGGUAGAGAACAUGCGUGCCUUCCACCCAGUUUCUCCUGAGACUGCAGCGGCCCUUCUCAGCCAAGGACCGCUCAAGAUCAGAUUUUGUGGCUGGGAAUCGAAGUUGUGCCAGGUGGAACGGCCCACCGGACUCUACAUGGUCGAUCUUGCCCGCUUGUGUGUGGAAAGUGACAAAGAGCACCAUUGCCAGACUGUGACCGAAGAGCUGGUUGUUACUGAACCGCACACAGCCCCUCUCCUGCAUGUCAAUCAGUGCCAUGAGCUAGAAGCUCCGGCAACAAGGUGUCUCUUGCGCAACCACACCAGUCGCCAGAAGGCCAAUCUGUGCAUAAAGAGGAAAUCCCAGCAGCUACUGAGCCCAAGCGCACCCAUCCUGCAUUCCCGCCGUGCAUUGUACCUUCGUUGCCUCCCCAUGUCCGUGUCGAAGGGUUCCCUCACUUUGGGAGCUCGGUACGCUCAGCUGAACGACCCUCAGCUGCGUCUCAGCCUGGACGAGAUGGAAGCAAUGAGCCUCGAGCAACUAGGCGAACUGAAGAUCGAUUUCGGGCGUACCAUGUCCGGCCGGACAUACAUGGACGUAGCCAUCAACGAGCAGGCAUGGAGCAAAUGGAUCAUAGAGCAUAUGGCCAAGAGCACCAAAAAGGAGCAUCAGGCCUUUCUGCGUUUCAUGGAACGCUAUGUGGAGGAAGCCGAAGGGGUCGAAGCCUCUUUGAUGGACGCUCUCGAGGCUUCCGAACCAGGGAGAGCCACAGCCCGUCCCAAGAUCGCUGCCAAAAAGGGAACCACGUCCCGAGCAGCCGCGUCGUCGGACAUGGGACCCGAGACCUGGGAUCUUGCGAACGACCGAGAGCGCGAUUCGGCCCUCGACCAUCAGGUCACUGCUCCCUCUACUCGAGUGAACCAGAUGGAAAGCGUGAUGCAGCAAGUCCUGGUUGCCAUCCAGGAGCUCAAUGUGGAUAUUCUGCCCAUGUUAUCCACGUCCUUGAUGAAGCAAGCCAUGAAAGCUGUUUCAGAGUUCUGGAUGUCAUGGGCAGGGCAGCCGCACAAGUUCUACUUAGAUCCGGCUGGAGAGUUCCGAUCCGAAGAAAUGUUGGAAAAGUUUCAGAGCAUGAAUUCCAAGGUCUUCAUAAGUACCGCCGCUUGGCAGCGAGGUCGUGUUGAACGGCACGGAGAUAUCGUCAAGGAUAUGCUAGCGCGGAUAGACACCCAGCAACCCAUAGUCAGCGAUACCUCUUUUGACCAAGCUCUUCUUGUAGCCUUUCAAGCGAAAAACGCACUGGUCCGCCACCGUGGGUAUUCACCAGAACAGAUUGUGCUGGGUAAAUCAGUCCGGAUUCCUGGAAGCCUCACUUCCGAUGAAGACCUGGCAUCCCAUGCCAUCACCGAAGGCUCUGAUCUUGAAGCUGAGCAACACCGUGUUGGAGAGCUGUCUGAAGUUGAGCGCAAUCCCAGCUUAACCGCUGGAUCUGCUGCCCCUUCGCAAGUUCCUGCGCCCACCUCGGUUGAUCCUUCCGGUGUACUGCCAUCAGAGCCUGAGCCCUUGAAUGGAAUGGAUAUCCCUAUUCCCGAAUCUGAUGAAGGUCUCAUGACUGAGUGUGUCAAUUUGGCAAGCGCACCGGUGGGGGAAAUCGCUGGUGAAGUGGAUGAGCUUUUCAGCUUCUUGACACUCCAGGCAAGCAAAGAAUCCACCUGCCCUCCAGUAGCUGAAGACAACCUUCCCUUUGUUGUAGACCCUCUGAUCUGCAGCAAUGAGCAAGCCUACUGUCUUGAGAUUCCCGUCAGCGCCAAAACCCUGAAGCGAUGGGCACGUGAAAAGUCCCCGGAGAAGAUGUCUGGUCUUGCCGCUGUAAGCAAACGAGCCCGAUCAGAAGUCUACGUCAAGGAUUUAUCAUCCGCCGAACGUGCUCUCUUUGAAACCGCCAAAGCUAAAGAAAUUAGCUGUUGGCUACAAACCUCAGCCAUCCGUCCAGUCCUUAGGCGUGAACUCAAUCCCGAGCAAAUUCUGCGCAGCAGAUGGAUCCUCACCUGGAAGGCCCCCGAGCCUGGAGAGGAACAGCGUCGUGCUAAGGCUAGAUUAGUCGUACUAGGGUUUCAAGAUCCCAAGUUGGUUGAUGUGUUGCGCGACGCUCCCACCUUAUCCAAGGAGGGAAGGGCCCUGGUGCUUCAAACCAUUGCCUCCUCCCAGUUUCCCUUGAGCUCUUUUGAUAUUAAGACAGCUUUCCUUAGAGGUAAGGCCGAUGAAAGUAACCCCUUGGCGAUGGAGCCCCCACCCGAGGUUCGGAAAGCCUUAAACCUCAAGGAUGACGAAGUUUGCGAGCUGUUGGGAAACGCUUAUGGUAGAGUGGACGCCCCGUUGCUGUUUUAUAAGGAGUUGAGCAAGCAGCUGCUCCAGCUGGGAUUCACCAGGCAUCCUCUUGAGCCCUGCGUGUUUAUGCUGUACACCGGUCAGAAGCUAAACGGGAUCCUCGGGGUUCACGUCGACGACGGUGUGUGCGGAGGGGAUGCCAAGUUCUCUCAGAAAAUUCAGGAGCUGGAGAAGAAGCUGCCGUUCGGGAGCCGUAAGUAUCGUAGCUUUGUCUUCACGGGGAUUCACCUUGAACAAUUUCCCGAUUUUUCCAUCCGAGCCGCCCAGAGCGAUUACGUGCGCAACAUUCCUCAGAUAGACAUCGGUAGAACACGCCGCCAG